AAAGUAUCACUAGUUCCGUAGUUCGUUAGCUGACAGAUUGACAGUUUACAAUCACAAUCACAAUAUCAUAUUCAGUCUAUUUGAUAUGAAUAUACUAAGUCCGAAACUCCGAAUAUUACAUAUUAGAUAGUACACUACACGCUAUAAAAUAUUGCACAAUCAAUAACAUAGUCGUUUCGCUGGUACCUAAAACUAAAUUCUUUCCCUUAAUCUGGUCACUUUCAAAACAGAAUAAAAUAUCAUAGCUAACAAGAUUGCCUGCAAUUAAUACAUCCCACAAUCAACUGUAGUGUUUCUCAUCUAGUCUUAAAUUUUGAAUGCCCAUUCUAGGGAUCCACUUUGCUUCCUUGAUUAUUUUUAUGUAAAGAAAGAAAAUGAAAGGAAAAUGUCCCAAAUCAUUUACCGUUUUCACUGAAAAUUCCUCAUCCUUUACUAAUCGGACCAUUGUUACUUUUAAUUUUAGGCAUUUCUUCUUAGGAUUUGCUUACCUCUUGCUGUUUAUCUUUCUAGCGCUAUCAAUUCUAUUAUGGGUUCCGCUGCACACACGUCAUAGCCUAGAACCUUCAGUUUUAUUAGAAAGAGCUUCACUUGAUCAUUUACCAGAAUUAGUUGUCUUAAAUAACUCAUUAUCAUUUGCCACUCAAAAGAAUUGCACAUACUACACAUGUUUUGAUGUUUACAAAUGUAGUCACACACACAGUGGAAGAAUAGGAGUCUAUGUGUAUCCUGUAGUUGAAUUUGUUGACAAAGAUAAAGUACCCAUAACCAAGAAAAUUACGUCAGAGUUUUAUAACAUUUUAAAAGCCAUAACCAAGAGUAUGUACUUCACAUCUAACCCAAAUGAAGCAUGUUUAUUUAUCCCUACAAUUGAUUUACUCAACCAAAACCGAAUUCGCCCCAAGGAUGUUGGAAAAGCUUUGAGCUCACUACCAUAUUGGAACGAGGGACGCAAUCAUUUGAUUUUUAACAUACUUCCUGGAUCCAUGCCGGAGUACCAUCCGUUUUUGGAGGUUGACAUUGGUUAUGCCAUGAUGACUAGCGGUGGAUUCUCAUCUUUGACGUACCGUUCCGGAUUCGACGUCUCCGUCCCAGUAUACAGUCCGCUAGCAGCCGAGCUGAGAACACAAAGUUCACUAGAUCGAAGUUGGCUCGUCAUUUCUUCUCAACCCUAUAUCCAUGAAGACUUUCGUGAAGUUAUCUCUGAAAUGGCUGCCGAGCAUCCUGGAUUUCUCGUUUUGAACAGCUGCGGAUCGAGUCCGUUGGAUACGAAACUUCGCUGCCGAGACGAAGAAACCUACAAUUUCCCAGACGUAUUAAUGAAUGCAACUUUUUGCUUGGUGGUUCGUGGCGCUCGACUGGGACAACCCACAUUAAUGGAAUCUCUAGCUGCUGGAUGCAUCCCAGUGGUAGUGUCGGACUCGUAUGUCCUUCCCUACGACGAGGUGAUUGACUGGAAAACUGCCGUUCUUCAACUCUACGAGGACGAUCUCAGUAAAAUGAUGGACUUGCUACGGGGUGUGUCCUCUGACCGUAUUAGCGAAAUGCGUCAAAAAGGAAACUGGAUUUACACUCGCUAUUUCACCUCCAUGGAACGAAUAGCCUUGACAACGUUGCGCAUCAUCAACGAUCGUGUCUUCCCACACAUAGGGCGAUCCUAUUCCGACUGGAAUGAUCCUCCCAUUGAACGUCGUCAUUUAACUUACAAGACCUUUGCUCUGCCGAUGGGACCACCACGUUCGCAAGGCUUUACAGCCGUCGUAUUGACGUAUGACCGUCUCGAAAGUCUGUUUCACGUUCUAGAACGAAUUUCAAAAGCGCCCAGUCUUGCCAAGAUUGUCAUUGUUUGGAACAAUCAAUUCAAAGAUCCUCCGCCUAUUUCUUCUUGGCCACGUCUGCCAAAACCACUUCAGAUUGUUCGAACUAAACGGAAUCAACUCAGCAACCGCUUCUAUCCAUUCCCAGAAAUUGAAACUGAGGCUAUAUUGGCAAUGGACGACGAUAUUAUUAUGUUGACUACGGAUGAAUUAGAGUUUGGCUUCGAAGUCUGGCGCCAAUUUCCAGAUCGUAUUGUAGGAUUCCCUUCGCGAACCCAUGUCUGGGACGGGUUUAAUCAUCGCUGGAAGUACGAAUCGGAAUGGACUAACAACGUGUCAAUGGUACUGACCGGUGCGGCGUUUUACCACCGUGUUUACAACUACUACUACAGCAGCGCUAUGCCUGGCGACAUCAAAAAUUGGGUUGACGAUCACAUGAAUUGUGAAGACAUUGCAAUGAAUUUCUUGGUGGCCAAUUUAACCGGGAAGGCACCCAUCAAGGUGGCUCCUCGCAAGAAAUUCAAGUGUCCCGAAUGUGUCAAUGCCGAUCUCCUGUCUGUCGAUUUGUCAGACAUGACUGCCCAUAUGGCGGAACGAUCGGAAUGCAUCAACCGAUUCGCAGACAUCUACGGUCGACUACCCCUUCGGAGUGUCGAGUUUCGAGCCGAUCCCGUUCUUUUUAAAGACAAUUUGCCAGAUGCAUUUAAAAGAUUCAACGAAAUAGGCAGUCUUUGAAAUAAUUUAAUAAUUUGAUAAAAAGUUCAAUAUAUAAAGUGUUAAUUGUUUGAAUGUUCUAACUAUAAAGUGCCAAAUUCAAUGACUUCAUUUCUUUGUUGUGUAGUAGUUUAGCCUGAACUAAUACAAUCUAUCAGAUUUCCA